AUGUCUCUGGGGCUGGAGCUGGCGUGCGUGCUGCUGAUCCUGGGCACGGCCCGGGCAAUGAUUCCCAUCCAGUGCGGAACGCCGGCCCACGUGGAGAGCGGGGUGUGCUGCCCCACCUUCUGGGGCGACGGCUCACCGUGCGGAUCAGCCUCGGGCCGGGGGGUGUGCCAGGACGUCACGGGGGAGACCCCGCAGGAGCGGGCAGAGCGGGAGAGGGUGCAGCGCAACUCGCGGGACUUCCGCCUGUGGUGGCCCACCUACUUCUUCAGGCGUCUGUGCGUGUGCCGUGGGAACUUUGGUGGCGCCGACUGUGGGGAGUGCGCCCACGGCUGGCGGGGGGCAUGGUGCCAGGCCAGGCACAUAGUCAUCCGCCGGGACAUCUCCGCCCUGCCCCUGGCCCAACAGCGACUUUUCGUGCAAAGGCUGCACCAGGCGAAGGUCACUCUCAGUCAGCGCUACGUCAUCUAUGCCAGCAGGAGUUACACACCCGGCUCUGCCAUGACCUUCCGCCGUGCCAGCGUCUACGAUGCGACUUCCUACUUGCACUACAUCGCCUCCAAGAACAUCGGCUCGACUGAUUCCAACUUUGGGCACCGCAGCACAGGCUUCCUGAGCUGGCACCGGCUGUACCUCAUCCGCCUGGAGAACGAGAUCCGCAACAUGACCGGGGACCAGGAUUUCUCCAUUCCCAUAUGGAACUGGGCCGGGAAAACCCACUGUGACGUCUGCACCAACAACCUCUUCGGGGCCAGUCUCCCAGACGGGCAUCUCUCCCCGGGUUCUAUAUUCAGCAGCUGGAGGGUAAGGAGGGACGUGGGCACCUCGGAGGGCGGAUUCGGAAUCCUGGCUUCCAUUGAUGGUUUGUCUCUCUCUCUCCUUUACUCCAAGAAAUUCUGUGACGAGGUUGAGAACCAGCAGUCGGGUUUUCACCAGGUCUGUUCCCCAGUGCCCGGUGGUCCCAUCGUCCGAUACAACCACAACAACGAGCUGCCCACCUGGAGUGACGUGCGAAGCUGUCUGCAGAUGCAGGCCUUCGACACUCCUCCCUACGACACCACCGCCACCUACUCUUUCCGGAACAUGCUGGAAG